UAGGCAAUAAAGUGAUGACCUUUGCUCUUCAGUCGGCUUCUAUCUCUUUCUAACAUGUUAUGAUUCCCACUUCUCUCUCGUACACAUUGAACUCAAGCCGUCAGACAAAUUUUGUUUUCCCUGUAUAAAACUCAUUUCAAGCAAAAUGGACUUAACCUAGUCUGGCUUUGAGGUAACGAUAGAUACAUUUAAUAUAGUUUUCGAUCAUCCUGUAUUAACCCGAUCAAAAUGAUAGACUUUUAUUUGACAACGUCUAAACAAUCAUUAUCUUAACUGUAUAUGACUGAUUUUGUCAACAAUUGGAAAAUAAACCCAUUGCAGAUAAGAAAGUGAUCGGAAUUGCAGUUAAAAUUUAACAAUCCAAGUCUAAUAAUGGAUUCGAUCCAGGCAUUACAUUUAGGAAUGAGUUUGCGAAAGCUCCAGCAGUACAAAUUCUUGACCAGAUUCGCGAGUUUUCCGAAGAAAACUAUGGCUACAGAGUCAGCGACUUCAAAAUUGGUAACACAACUGUCUGAGGCGAAACGUUUCAUGGUGGAUUGCUUGAAAGCUGUUGGGGCAACUGAAUCAAAUGCGGAAACUGUAGCUGACAACCUUUUAGAAGCUGACUAUAGAGGGCAUUACAGUCAUGGCAUGAAUAGAUUAGGUAUGAGCAACGAGUAUCAUCGACAUCAUCAUUAUCAUCGUUAA